CCUCCGCGCCCUCCUGGCAUCCCCGCCAUCCGUCCGUCACCCUUGCCCAGCAAGGAGGGUGGAGGCAAACUGGUGAAGGGGUAACGCUCCUGAGCCAUCCCAAACGGGCCAUGGAAUGGUUUGGGUUGGAAGGGACCCUAAAGCCCGUCCAGUUCCACCCCCACCAUGGGCAGGGACACUUCCCACCAGCCCAGGCUGCUCAAGGCCCAUCCAACCUGGCCUUGAACCCCGCCAGGGAUGGGGCAGCCACAGCUUCCCUGGGCAACCUGGGCCAGUGCCUCACCACCCUCAUCACAAAGAAUUUCUUCCUAAUGUCUAACCUAGAUCUUCCCUCCUCUGAUUUAAAGCCAUUUCCCCUCGUCCUGUCACUCCACAUACUUGUAAAAAGCCCCUCCCUAGCUUUCCGUAGUGCUUUCAGGUACUGGAAGGUCGCUAUAAGGUCUCCCCACAGCCUUCUCUUCUCCAGGCUGAACAAACCCAGCUCUCUCAGCCUGUCCUCGUAGGGAAGGUGCUCCAGCCCUCUAAUCAUCAUUGUGGCCUCUGGACCCACUCCAACAGCUCCAUAUCCUUCUUAUGUUGAAGAUUCCUGAACUGGACACAAUACUCCAGGUGGAGUCUCACAAGAGAGGAUCAGAGAGGCAGAAUCCCCUCCCUCAUGCUGCUGGCCACGCUUCUUUUGAUGCAGCCCAGGACACAGUUGGCUUUUUGGGCUGUGAGCACACAUUGCUGGCUCACGUUGAGCUUCUCAUCAACCAGCACCCCCAAGUCCUUCUCUGCAGGGCUGCUCUCAAGCACAUCAUCCCCCAUUCUGUAUUGAAACUGCCCCGACCCAGGUGUAGGAAUAUGAGCUACUACGUGUAGAAUGCAGUGUCUGUACUAAUGCCUAAUCUAAUCAUAGAAAUCAGUGAACAGUGAAGUCCGCAUUUUGUGAUAUUUAAGGGGUAAAACAAUGAAGGCUGCAGAAGACCAGCAUCUGGCCACCAUUUCAGGAGCCAAAAAAGUUGGGAGGCUAUAGAAUAAUAAUCUCUAGGUUGGAAAACACCUUUGAGAUCAUCAAGCCCAACCAUACCUGUCUGCUACUAAAUCCUACCCCUAAGCAUUUCAUUUACCUGUCUUUUAAAUACCUCCAGGAAUGGUGACGCCACCACCUCCCUGGGCAGCUAUUCCAGUACUUGAUAACUGUUUCAAUGAGUAAAUUUUUCUAAUGUCCAAUCUGAACUUCCCCUGGUGCAGCUUCAGGCCAUUCCCUUUCCUCCUAUCACCUUUUACUUGGGAGAAGAAACCAAACACCCUCCUCACUACAACCUCCUUUCAGGGAGUUGUAGACAGGUAUAAAGUCUCCCCUGGUGUGUAUUGGGAGUGAGUAGGCUAAUGAUGUGCUUUUGGGAGAGCUGUAAGGUGCCAGUCCUGGAGGACUGCUGCACCCGAACAGCUGUGGAAUGGAUGUCUGCAGAGGUGUUAGUACCUGUAAAGCUGACACCUGCUGUCUCUCGAGACAGCGCAGUUCCCAGGCUGUUAAAUCCUGCCACAACAACAAAACCAAUACUUGCCAGGACACUUCAUUUGUCACAAAGCUGAGUGAUGACACGUCAUCAUGGACAGUUGUAGGGUUUUCCCUGAUCUGCUCAAUUCUUUUUGGUUUGGCUGUGAUCACAGGGCUGCCAGCUGCCCUCCCCACCCUGCCUCUGGAGCUCACUGUCCUCUACAACUCCCUGCUUUUCACUGUGGGAGCUUCAGACUCUGUCAUCGAAGGAGACGCAGAAGGAAUACGCCAGGGCCUCCUCAGAGUUCUGGAGGCCUGUGGGGCCAGUGGGCAGGAUCUCAGCACCGAGGAGCUGUGGCAGAAGGUGCUGCAGGAGGUAAAGAUGGAAGACCUGCAGGCACCUCUGCACCGACUGGGGGCCCUGCAAGCAGCGUGGUGGCUGUCAGCCAGCCGCCUGGGAAGCGCCACCAGCCUCUUCCGGCUCCUGAGCAACACUGAGGACCUGGGGAGAGCUCAUUGCAGCAAUGGGGAGAACGAACUCCUCUCCCUGCUCAAGGCAUGGCGAGUACCUCCUGAGGAGGCCUCCCUGCCCCUGGUACAGAGCGCCGAGGACGUGAAAGAGGUCCUCUGCACGACAGCAGCCUUCCUGCAAGGGCUGCAGGAGCUAGAGGCUGGGAACUUCCCUGCUGCCCAAUCCCUCCUUCAGGAGGCCGCAGGAGGAUUCUGCUCCAAGACCGUCCUAGCCCGGAUCUACAUCUGCCUCAGCUGCUGUGCUCAGCGAAUGGGCAAGCCUCAGACAGCCCUUCAGCACCUGAGACGGGCCCUCCAGGUGGACUUCCAGUGCCUUCCUGCCCUGUCCCACAUGGCAGCCCUCUACCACGAACUGGGGGAGACGGAUGCGGAGCUGCAGGCCCUGGCUCUGCUUUAUGAGGCUCUGGAAAGAAAACCUUCAGCAGUUGCUUCCUCUAGUCCUUAUUCUCUAAUCCGAACAGAGCUUCUUGUCCACACACCAAUACUAUCUUCUCUCCUUCGCCAUCACCAUCCCUCUGAAGUGAAGUACCUGCUGGCACAGCGGUGUCUUCAGGAUGGGAGGGUGGCUGAUGCAGUGGAACAUUACCUGGAUUUUCUGGCUCUGCUUCAUGAGGGGCCGCAGCAGCAGGUGCCCCUAGAUGGUGACUCAGCUCUGCCCAGGAUCCCCGAGGUGUUCCUGGAAACAGCCUCUGCCUUGGAGCAGGCUGGAAGGCACCAGGAUGCCAUAACCGUGUGUGAGGAAGUCAUCAGCCGGACGACUGACCUGAUCCCACGGAUGUUACAAGUGGAGGAGAAGCUGGAGCAAGUGGAGUGCCCGUUGCCAGGGGCAGGGCUGGCAAGUGGAUUCUCAUCCCAGAAGAAGGAGAGUCUGCGCUGCCUUGCAUGGAGAGCAGCUGGAUUUCUGCACCAGGGCUGGGCAUGGGCCACGCUGGGCAAAAACAAGGAGGCUGUAACACAAUUCAGCAGGUGCCUCAACGAUCUCUUGCGAGUCCAGGUUUAUGGGUCUGGCGUGGAACCGGCAGAGAGUCUCUUGCCAGAAGUGAAGGUGCUCCAGAAGAUCAGGUUGCUCUCCCUCAUUGGAAGAGGUGCUCAGUUUCUGGGACAGGGGAAGCACAAGGAAGCCUUGUUGGAUUUUCAGCAUGGUUUGCAGAUCUCACCAGGUGACCCAGCCGCUGCCUCCUACCUUGUGCAGGCUCUGUGGAAACUGAACCGAAAGCAGGAGGCUGCUGCUCACUGGCAGAAAUUCUCCCAGAGCUCCACUGGGGAGGAUGAGCAGCAGGAAAGGUUCUUCCCUUUGUACCUGGUUUCAUGUCUGAGGCAGGCGACAUUCACGCAUGGUGAAUCUCUCAGCAGGAGCAUACAGGACUACCUCAGGAUCACAAGCCAGAAGUCCUCAAGCUAGCCUGGUCAGUCCCCCAAUCCCAACCUGCUGAAGUCUCCCUGCACCAUGCUAGCACAAGGCCUUUAAGGACUCCUCCAAGACUCAGAAUUGCUCUUGGACACAGCUGGACUCCAAAAGGAAACACAGCAUAGAUCUUCUUUUCUAAUAAAUGUCUUAGCUCUGGUUA